CCGACAGCACUUGUUAGCUCGGCAGCGGCAAGAGCGCACAAACCUGCCUGCACGAAGAAGCUCUGUCGUGCCACGUCGUCGCUUGGCAUGGGCUCAUGUCACACCUCGUCGCCCGACCGCUCGAAUCGAGCGUGUGUCACGUGAUACUUAGGCGCCCGCUGUCGAGCGCGUGUCGACUCCGCAACCCAAAAUUCCGAAAACUCCUAGGACGUCGUCGAUUCGCAUCCCUUCUUGUCUUCCAGCUUUAUUCAACAUGUUAGGAUUGCUGUAUCUUACGUCUUUCGUCGCUAGCCUCGCCGGAGUCGAGAUACAAGCGGCUCCGAUCUGGUCCCUGCGCCAUCGCGGCUGGACGCUCACUCCAUCCUUUGAGGUGAGCUGCGAUGAAGUCGGUCAGAUCUGGACAGUCGAACACAGAAUGAUCCAAUUCGAAACUGAUGAGGAAGAUCCUGGGAGCUAUACGCUCGUGCACAAGCCUAUCCCUGGCGAGACGCACUACUUCGGUCAUCAGAUCAUGCAAAGUGAUGCUCGGAUUGGCUUCGAGGGCUACGUUGUGCCUGUGAAGAUAUGGAUCGAUGAGGUAAUCGAUCAUCACGCCCUGGCCAGCGACCUCGAACAGGAGCUCUACGAAGUCUGUUGCCGCAUUAGAGUCGAAUUUCUGAUUGACAUCGACUUGGCUACAGGCAGGACUUGUAGCACCUCGAGGAUGAUCACUCAUAUGAACUCCAGGCGCUACCGAGCUACGCAGCACAACAGCUCGUCGCACAUGUCGCGACAGUGAAUACUCUUCGGCAGGGGUCCGCAGCUUCCCCAGCUGUGAUCCCCUCCGAUAUGAGGCUCCAGAACCGGUUGAAGCAGACUGUGACGUCGAUAAAGAUUCGGUUCAAGCCUCUGUAUACAUUGUUGGCGAAGAAUAACAACCUCAUCCAACGGCUAGACGCCCUCAGUCAAUCGAUCAGCCUAUGACUGCACGUCCGCUUGUAU